AGACAUAUAUGGGUGCCCUUAUGACUUUAUUGAAGUGUUCGACGGACGGCAAGUUGCCUCACUCUCCAAGGGCAGAUUUUGUGCUGGGGCAGAGCUCACCUUCCUCUCCUCUUCAAACAUCAUGACUGUGGUGUUCAGAAGUGAUGCCAUGAUCACCAACACAGGGUUUUAUGCUCUGUAUAAUGCCAUUCAACAAGAUGAAAGGGAGAGUGGUGCAUCCCUGAGACUGGUGAAUGGCAGUCACAGGUGUGAGGGCCGGGUGGAGGUCUUCUACAAUGGCACCUGGGGCACAGUGUGUGAUGACAGCUGGGACAUAACAGACGCCAGGGUGGUGUGCCAACAGCUUGGCUGUGGUGAGGCCUUGUCAGCCCCAGCUCAGAGCUACUUUGAUGGAGGCACUGGCCACAUCAUGCUGGAUGAUAUGCAGUGCAUGGGGAACGAAGCCAGGCUGUGGCAAUGCACGCACAAUGGAUGGUUCUCCCACAACUGCGGGCACCAUGAAGAUGCCAGCGCCAUCUGCUCAGGUGAGCCCCCAGGACACAGCCACCCUCAGAGACAGUCUUGCCCACCUGCAGCUUCUGGGAAGGGAGAAAUCAAUGCCAGCAAUUACUCAGAAAGGAAGCCAUGGCUUCAAGCCAUCUUUUUAAAGUCAAAUUUGUUUAAGAGUUAG